CUGACUAUUUGGAGUUGUUUAUUAUAAAUUUGCAAGCCUGCUAUUCCAAGAACGAGAACUCGUUGGGUGCAUGAAAAUACGCCAGAACAGAGGAGCGAAGCAUUGAGUGAGCAAUUCUACGGCAAAAGAAGGUUUUGCGAAAAUGUCUUUAGACAUCGCGUCAAUUGCAGCUUUUAAUCCCAACAGACAGGCGAGUGGGGAACUCGCAGUGUCAAUGUUAAAGAAGUGGCUAUCAUCUUAUGGCCAUCCAUCAACAACAGCAGGACCAAUAAUAGCGUCUACCAUCACUAUCGAAGCCAUUCAAGAUCUGCUGCAUGCAAAUGGCUUUCCCAUUGAAGCACCCCAACAUGUGGACUUGUGUCCUGGACCAUUUGAAGACACACAGUUUGAUGCAGUAGUGGAUGUUGAGACCUCUGAUGAUUGUAUGGAUAAUGGAGAUCUCAAAUUUACAAACCUUGAUGCUUGUUCAGAAUAUGGAUAUGGUGGAUCUGACUUCUCGGAAGAUGAAAUCAACUUUUUCCAAGAUCUGCCACUGAGUCCUGACUCACCAUUGUUCUGUGAGUCAGCUGAUAUUGACUUUGGAUUUGAUUCAGGAAUUGAGGCUGAGAUGGAUGAACCUCAUGAUGGGGCAGAAGAAAAAGAUGGCAAAAAAGAGGAAGGAAAGACUUGUGAAGACAAGAAAUCCACCGAUGAAUCAAAGCAGAAAGACAGUCAGAAUGAGCAGUCAAGUCCACCAAAGCCAGUCAACAAGAAGACAAAAGCAGAAGACAAAAGCAAGAGAGUGACAGACAAGAAAGAUGUUGUAGAUGUUAAAGAGGAAGGUGACGAUAAAGAUGAUGAUGAUGAUGAUGAUAAUGAAGAAGAAGAAGAUGAUUUUCCACACAUCCACUGUCAAUACCUCUGGGAGUUCCUUCAUCAGAUUUUGCUGGAAAAACAGAAUAAGUAUAUUGCAUGGAAAAAUCAAACCAAAGGAGUGUUUCAUCUUCUUGAUCACAAUGGCUUGGCCCGCCUUUGGGGAAAACAGAAAAACAGGAAAAAUAUGACAUACGAGAAACUAAGCCGUGCCCUCAGAUACUAUUACAGCAAAAACAUCCUCAAAAAGGUUCCUGGUCAGAGACUGACUUACAAGUUUGUUCGCAAUCUUAAUGGAAAGAAGUAUCCCAACUGAGCUAGAAGCCAAUAUUUAAAUCAACCAUACCUGAAAAGAAGUUUGCUUGUUGAUCUGAUGUUGCCGAUAAGUGCGAGGGGUGACAAAUUAUGUCUGCUUUUUUCAGAGCAGACUAUGGUCAGUUGAUAAAAAGCAACCUUAAGUAAAGAAUACCUUUAGAUUCAUAAUGAACAAGCAUAUAUCUCUACUCAUUACAUAUGAACUAACAUGUAAAUAUUGAAGACACUCACAUUUUACCCUUAACAAUCUCUCACUCAGAGUUUUAGGUGAGUGCAUUUGUACAUAUUUAGCUCAUAAAGAGAAAGAUGUACAUAACCCUCAACACCCUAACAUCAGUAUGCAUAUUCUCCAUACUGUUCUCUAUACAUUAAGGUUAAAGAUGUAGACAAGGAGAAUUUGAUUUAAUAUCCAAAGAUUUUUUUGGAUGGUGAUCAUUUCCUUUAUUCUCAUGACCUUAAUGUGUGAUUCAAGGGUGAUAUUGUGUGAAGAAAUUAGAUGCUACUUCUCUUAGGUGUUUGAGGGUUAGGGCAGUUUCCAUUGAUCGUCUGAUUGUUAAGCAAGGCAAUGAUUUCACAUGUUCAUAAGGAAUAAAUAAGUGAACAGAAUCGAAAGUUAUGGACGUUCAAGCUGUUCGAAAUAUUUGAACAGUAAGAGAAGUAAGUGACUGAUACCUUACAAUCGCCAAUGGAAAAAGUGUUCCUUAAAAGUUGUUGACCCUUUGAAGAAUAUUGACACUUAACUGUUCAAUGCUUUCACUAUUACUUGCAAGGUAACAAAUUGUAAGGCACUCAAAGUGCUCUUUGAUUGUUUGAUAUAGUGAUUGUAAGUGUAAGAUCCUCAAGCAUGGAAGUAAAAACUAAAUUCUUUUAUGAAA